AUGGAUCUCAACUCCGAGCGUCCCUCUGACAAUGUCGUUCAUCGCAGUACAACAACAGGCAAAGUGGACGUUGCCGCGGAUGUUGUCGGUACGGAAGCUCAACAAUACGAUGCCGCUAUCGAGCGACGAGUCAUCCGGCGGAUCGAUCUAUUCGUUAUACCGUUCCUAUGGAUUGGCUACGGAUUCGUUUAUUACGACAAAGCAAUCCUCGGUGGUGCUUCGAUUUUCGGUCUGAUCACAGCACUUGACCUCCGUGUGGUCGUGGACCCAACCACAACGCCACCGAAGACGUCCACUCAGCGACUGUCCUGGGCGAGCUCGCUUUUCUACUUCGGAAUGCUUGCAGGAGUCAUACCCUUGACUUAUGCCUUCCAGCGCCUGCAUCUUUCGAGAACCAUUGGCGCAUGUGUUGUAAUAUGGGGAUUGACUUGUAUGGCGACCGCCCUUGUCACCACACAUCAAGGUCUGUAUGUGCAGCGGUUCUUUCUGGGCUUUCUCGAGAGUAUGCUCCCCACGGCAUUCAUGGUGAUUGUGUCUUCAUUCUACACCCAGAAGGAGCAGACGUGGCGGCAGUGUUUGUGGUAUAGUGCAACCGGAGGCUGGACUGUGAUCGGAGCUGGCUUGAAUUACGGCUUCGCCAGCAUCAAUUCCGGCAACUUGCAGCGCUGGCAAUACUUGUAUAUUAUGGCUGGAGCACUAACUGUCCUCUAUGGUCUGCUCUUCUUCCUGUUCCCGCAGACACCUAACACGGCUUUCUUCCUCCAUGGGCAAGAAAAGACUAUUGCACUUGAGCGGCUCCGACGCAGUCAGAUGGGCGUGCGGUGCAACACAAUCAAAGGAUCCCAGAUCAAGGAGGCUCUUACCGACCCGAAAGUGUACCUCAUCGCGCUUAUGAUGGGACUCGCGUACACCGUCAACGGUGCCGUCUCGGCAUUUGGACCUCUGAUCGUCUCAACAUUUGGAUAUUCGCCUCUCACAGCAAUACUAUGGCAGAUGCCUCUUGGCGGAGUCUGCUUUGUGACGAUUCUUCUGUGCGGCUACCUGUCUCUUAUCAUCCCGAAUAUUCGGUUGAUCAUGAUCAUCUUCAAUUGCCUGCCAGUCAUGGCGGGUUGUGCGAUGAUAUGGAAAUCGUCAUGGACACAUCAUGCUGCGACGCCAUUGGCAGGCUACACAUUGAUUGGGUUCUUUGCGCCAGUGACUAGCUUGAUCGUCAGCAUGGGAAUGGUCAAUGUUGCUGGGAACACGAAGAAGAGCGCUAUGGCCAGUGCUACUUUCUUCAUGUAUUGCGUCGGCAAUAUUGUAGGUCCGUUCUGGAUCAAGACCGAGCAGGUCGCACAGCAUUACCCGAUGCUAUGGAAGGGCAUCCUUGGAAGCUAUUCGGUGCUUGUGCUAGUCGCAGCAAUACUUUAUAUCAUGCUCCGUCGUGAAAAUCAACGGAGGGACGCCACUGGGCUUGACCAGCAAGAGGGAGAAAAGCAUGCUUUCGAGGACCUGACUGACAAAGAGAAUCCGUGGUUUCGAUACGCGUACUAG